AACCUGAGCUGUUCUAUGAAAGUUUCCAUCUGCAAUGCCCUACGGACAUCGGCUCUGCGGGCACGCCGUUCCUGCCCGCCGUUACUGCAGGGAGCGGCGCUCCGGUUCACACUCGUCACAGCCCCGCGCUGCUCUGCCCCUCACGCCGCCCGAGGUCGCAGAGAGGCGGGGCGGGGCGGCGAUGGCGGCGGCGCUGCUGCUGGCCGCUGUCGUUGCGGUCGCCGUCAUCGCGUGGGUUUUGCGUCCUCCGAGCGAUCCGCGCCGCCCCCCCUGCAUCGGGAGCCGCGUGCCCUGCCUGGGGGCCGCGCUGCGCCUCGCCGCAGCGCCCCUGGACUUCAUCGAGCGAACCCGGGCCGAGUCUCUGUUCCCGCAGAAGCCUUCUAUCAGAAUCAUGGCAGGCUGUACAGCAUGAUGAAGGGGAAAAUGGGUCCCUCCAACGUGCACCUGUUCACAGGCACGCUGUGUAAGGAGCUGCACGAGCACAUGGCGCACCUGGGCACUGCUGGCACGGGCGACCUCAUGGAGCUGGUGAGGCACGUCAUGUAUCCAGCAGUGGUGAACACUUUGUUUGGGAAAGGCGUCUGCCCGACCAGCCAGAGCCAACUCAGGGAGUUUGAAGAACAUUUUUGGAAGUACGAUGAGGACUUUGAAUAUGCUUCUCAGAUGCCAGAGUGCUUGCUGAGGAACUGGUCUAAAUCCAAAAAAUGGCUUCUAAAAUUAUUUGAGAAAGUAGUGUCAGAUGCUGAAAGAACCAACCCUUCAGAGACCACAUCCAAGACACUACUUCAGCACCUCCUGGAUAACCUGCAAGGAAAACAUCUGGCUCCCAACUAUGGUCUCCUGAUGCUCUGGGCCUCCCAAGCAAAUGCUGUCCCUAUUGCAUUCUGGACCCUUGUUUUCAUACUCUCUUAUCCUACGGUUUACAAGAAAGUCAUGGAAGACCUGGCUUCUGUUUUUGGCAGUGCAGGUAAGGAUGACAUAGAAGUCUCUGAAGAGGACCUGAAGAACCUCCCUUAUGUUAAGUGGUGCACUUUGGAAGCCAUACGGCUGAGGUCUCCAGGUGCAAUCACCAAGAAAGUAAUAAAACCAAUCAGAAUUCAGAGUUUCACCAUCCCUGCAGGUGAUAUGCUGAUGUUGUCUCCAUAUUGGCUGCACAGGAAUCCAAAAUAUUUUCCCGACCCAGAAAUGUUCAAACCUGAUCGUUGGAAAGAGGCAAAUUUAGAGAAGAAUGCUUUCUUGGACGGCUUUGUGGCAUUUGGAGGAGGGAAGCAUCAGUGUCCAGGAAGAUGGUUUGCUAUCAUGGAAAUCCAGUUGUUCGUUGUGCUGUUCCUGUACAAAUACCAAUUUGUGCUUUUGGAUGCAGUACCAAAGGAGUGUUCCUUUCCAAAGCCGUGGUUCUCACAAACCUGCUGUGAAGAGAACCUGCCUGCUGUCACAGCCUGAACAGGGACACGUGCCCUGCAGCUAAACUGACAAAGAGAAGAGGAAGGAGUUAAAAGUGUCCUGGGCUUUGUGACAUUGCCCUUCAGGCUGGAAGGAAGAAUCCUUGAAGAAUGUGAGAGGUUGCUCUCAAGCAGUAGCAGACAGCCCAGCCACAGUAAGGAGGAAGGUUGGCUCUUCCUGCCUGGUGCUGAUUGACAUCUUCACCCACCCAGGCGUUACAGUGGUGAAUAUACUUCAAACCAUUAGGGUUUUUAAGACCUCAUGCCCUCCUCUGCCACAGGAAUUGGAAUAGAAGUAGAAAGUGAAGCCCUUUUCAGCUACUCCAGUGGAGCCAAGAAAUAUUUCAGUAUUUGGUCUUGUUUCUAAGACAAAAGUUCUAAGAAUAUGUUUAUGUAUAAAUAUUAAAGCAAGAUGAUAAUUCCGUUAACUGAACUGACUAAAGUGCUUCUGUCAAUCUCU